AUGCAAUACAAAUCCACCGUUUUGGCCGCUGCUGCGCUUGCCACCUCUGCCUCUGCCGCUGUCACUGCCUCUGAGCCAUGGAGCACUUUGACUCCUACCGCCACCUACACUGGUGCUCUUACUGGCUACAGUGAGACUUUCGGUAUCGCUGUAAAGCCAGUCACCUCAUCUGUCUCGACUUUGAGCGCUGCCACUGCCUCUGACCACGCCAAGAGAGAUGUGAUCUCCCAGAUCGGUGACGGCCAAAUCCAAGCUACCACCUCCACUGCUUCCACCAAGUCUACCGCUGCCGCUAUCUCCCAGAUCGGUGACGGUCAGAUUCAGGCCACUACCUCCACCGCGUCUCCUAAAUCCACCGCUGCCGCCAUUUCUCAAAUCGGUGACGGCCAAAUCCAAGCCACCACCUCCACUGCCUCUACCAAGUCUACCGCUGCCGCUAUCUCCCAGAUCGGUGACGGCCAAAUCCAGGCUACCACCUCCACUGCCUCUGCUAAGUCCUCUGCUGCCGCCAUUUCUCAAAUCGGCGACGGUCAAAUCCAAGCUACCACCACUACUCUAAAGCCUUCUUCUGCUGCUGCCAUCUCUCAGAUCGGUGACGGUCAGAUCCAGGCCACUUCUUCCUCGAGCAACACCACUGUGAGCGCUGCUUCUCAAAUCUCUGACGGUCAGAUCCAGGCCUCCUCCACCUCCGCUUCCAUCUCCCCAGCUUCCACCUCUGACGCCUCUUCUUUCGUCUCUGCUGUCUCCUGCAAGGCCGACGGUUCUCUAGCCAUGACCUUGGAAAACGGUAUGUUGAAAGACGCUAAGGGAAGAAUCGGCUCCAUCGUCGCCAACAGACAAUUCCAAUUCGACGGUCCUCCUCCACAAGCUGGUGCCAUCUACGCUGCUGGCUGGGCCAUUACCCCAGAGGGUAACUUGGCCAUCGGUGAACACGACGUUUUCUACCAAUGUUUGUCGGGCAACUUCUACAACUUGUACGACGAGUCCAUUGGUGCCCAAUGCUCUCCUGUCCACCUGGAAGUCAUUGAGCUAAUCGACUGUUAA